AAUUUAUAACCUAAUAAAAACGCUUGGGGCCUUUAACCAAUGGCAUCAAAUAUCCAAACUCCAAAAACAAAAACAAAAAACACAACAAAAAUAAAAAACAAUUUUCUUUUUCAUGUUCUGUUCCUCUUUCUAUCCACAAUUCUCAGUUUCACUGUUCCCCCGACAAAGAUUCUGCUUCCGUCACCAACCUCCGUGCCAACAAAUGUAUGCGACGGAGAUUCUCUCCAUGUUCGCUCUUCACGGCGUCGAUACUUCGUUGCCAGUGGUCCCCACCACCACCACUAACUCCUUCAAAAACGUAUCUUUCAACAUACCCACUUCACAUAACGCAACGAAUGUGAAGUUGUCUAAAGCUUUGACACUUUGUCGCUGUACUGUUGACUCAAAGUCCAUCGGCGGUGAUGUUUUCUCGGUGACUCCGCCGAACAAGUGUGACGUUGAUUAUCUUGGUGAAAGCACUAAGGGUGAUUUGAAUGUUAAGUUGGAACAGCUUGAAGCUUUUGGAAUUGGUGAUGCUUCAUUUGAAGGUCCAAUCGAGGAAGUGGCUAGAACAGAGGCUAGAGAGGCAGAAGAUUUGCUAAAAGACUUGGGCAUUCCGAGCCCCUCUUCAUCCAGAAAUUCACCUCGUGGAAUAUUCUGCACCCGUACAUUGAAUCUGAGGUCAAUUAGUGCCAUUGGAUAUGACAUGGACUACACCCUUGUCCAUUAUAAUGUGAUGGCUUGGGAAGGCCGGGCUUAUGACUACUGUAUGGAAAACCUGAAGAAUAUGGGCUUCCCGGUUGAUGGACUUGCAUUUGAUCCUGACCUGGUAAUUAGAGGCCUUGUCAUAGACAAAGAGAGAGGCAACCUGGUUAAAGCUGAUCGAUUUGGUUAUGUAAAACGAGCCAUGCAUGGCACCAAAAUGUUAUCUACUCGAGCUGUUAGUGAGAUAUACGGAAGAGAACUGGUGGACCUGCGGAAAGAAAGUCAAUGGGAGUUUCUCAAUACACUGUUCUCCGUGUCUGAAGCAGUGGCCUACAUGCAGAUGGUUGACAGAUUGGAUGAUGGGACCAUACCGGCAGAUCUUGGCCCCCUUGAUUAUAAGGGUCUUUAUAAGGCUGUUGGAAAAGCUCUUUUCUGGGCUCAUGUUGAAGGCCGUCUUAAGAGUGAGAUCAUGUCUAAGCCUGAACAGUUUGUGGAGCCUGAUCCUGAAUUACCUUUGGCACUUUUGGAUCAGAAGGAGGCCGGCAAAAAACUUGUGCUUAUUACCAACUCGGACUUUCAUUACACAGACAAAAUGAUGCGCCAUUCUUUUAAUAGAUUCCUUCCGAAUGAUAUGAGUUGGCGAGAUCUUUUUGAAAUUGUAAUUGUGUCAGCGAGAAAACCAGAGUUCUUCCAAACGUCAAGCCCCAUGUAUGAAGUGGUGACAGGCGAGGGUCUAAUGCGUCCAUGCUUCAAGGCUCAACCUGGUGGUUUGUACUCAGGGGGAAGUGCACAGAUGGUUGAAAAUUCACUAGGUAUCCAUGGAGAUGAAAUUUUGUAUGUUGGUGAUCAUAUUUACACUGAUGUCAGUCAAUCCAAAGUCCAUUUGCGGUGGCGAACAGCAUUGAUUUGUAGAGAACUCGAAGAUGAGUACAGUGCCUUGAUUCGUUGCCGAAGUGAUAGAGAAUCAUUGAUAGAGCUUAUAAAUCAAAAGGAAGUUGUGGGAGAUCUUUUUAACCAACUUCGACUGGCUUUGCAAAGGCGAAGCAAAGACCGGCCUGCUCAAACCCUUGCAGCAACGCACAUGGAUGAUGAAGACCUCACUGAAAGCAUGCAAAAGCUACUUAUUGUUAUGCAACGACUAGAUAAUAAAAUUGCUCCAAUGCUCGAGGCAGAUGGGGAGCUCUUCAAUUCGAGGUGGGGUUUCCUAUCUCGUGCUGGACUGUGGGAUAAAAGCCACUUGAUGAGGCAAAUUGAGAAAUAUGCUGAUAUUUAUACGUCAAGGGUAUCAAACUUUUUAUAUUAUACACCCUUCAUGUAUUUCCGCUCACAGGAACAGAACCUCGCACAUGACUCAUACGCACACUAUUGUUCACAAUUCAAUAAUAAACCUUCUUCCUAGGGAAAAUGGAAGUAGAAUGAGGAGGAUAAGUAUCAGAAAUAAAGAAUCUGCUGGUGAUAUUAUAAGCAGAUGUAUCAUUGUAACAGUAGUUAAUGUUGUGAUGAUACCGUGUAUUAGUUUGGCUGAUAUCACGUCCUCAAUAUUAUUAGGGACUAGGGAUUUUGUUUCCAAAUGACUCUGAAAUUGGUAUCAAAUGAAUUCUAAUUCAUAAUUUAUAUGAUGUGAUCACAUCACAAUUUGGCAAAAAAACAUUAUGGGACAUUGCCACAAAAUUUGUAUCCUGUAUUUGUAUUUGGUUUUAGUAAGUUACAUUCUUACAAACAUUAUAGCUGUAAUUCCAAAACUUUUAAUGUUACAAGUUUCUCAUUA